CUAGUUGUUGGAUAUUUGAUUGCCCAUUUAGCCGAAUGUAUGUACAUUGGAACAUUUUAUUUUUGUAAUGACUGAUUAAUUUAAAUGUGAUACGUUUUGUGUUGCAUUUUGGGAAAUGUGGUUUACUACUACUCGAGGCGGAGCUCAGUCAUGAUGAAACUUGGACCAACAUAUCUCUGGAGACGUGGUAGCAAGAAUAAUUAAUCUAGCUAGAUGAAUAUAUCUAUGAUAUGUGAAAAUGUCAGCUCAAUGUAGUAAAUGAUGAUAGAGGAAGAACACGAGAAGAGAAACAACUUAUUGGGUCGCAAGUGGAAGUAAUCGAGGAAGGCUUUCAGUCGACGACUUGGCUCAUAACAUUGAGAUCAGUUUUUGAGGCCAUAUCAAGACUUUCUGAGGAAUUGCACGGACGUUUGCAGUGAAAUUGCUUAUUUCUCAAGCCAAAAAGAGGGGAAACGCAAACGCCACAAUAUUAUUUUCUUACGGGUCGUCGUCAACUUGUAUUAGCAGGCAUGCCAGAGUGGUGACAUGCGGUUUUGUGCGAUUAGCUUAAAUUGGCUAGCUAGCUAUUGUUUUCCAUUCGCGAACUGCUCUGUCUUGCCAGGCACAUUUAGUAAUAUAUUAUUCCAGAAAUGCAACAGGAGCCGACUGCAGUUUGCUAAAUACAUUAGUAUUUCCCAAGUACAUGGGCAUUACUUUAUCUACAAAGUAACUUAGCAAUAAUAGCUAGCUAGUUUAACUUUACUUGUUAGUGUGGUUUGGCUAGUUUGACGGCUCUCAAAUGAUUACGCUAACGCGUUCAAUGUUGGCUACUUACGUUACUACAGCAAACACCUUGGUACAGUAAGCUUGCUAGUUUUUCGAAUUGGCUGGUUGGCAGUACUGUUCAAUGUCAAACUGGAGGAGAACCUAUCCAUCUUAUUUGAAGGCUUUUGGGAUACACCAAAACAUUUUUUUGUACGAACAACACAUUUGCCACAAUGUUCAAGCUUUGUCUUCAGAGAACUCUAAGACACACAGUCUCAUCAAGAGCAGUGCUGGAAAGUGUCACGGCCGGAAAGGUUUUGAAGGUGUCCCACGUGCAAAGCUGUUGGAUGGGAACGCUGGGACUCAACGAGCAGCGGGAGCACCUGAACUCUCCAAAAAGAGCAAAAGAAUUCAUCUACAGCCUUCACCCCAAAGAAAGAACAUGUUUACUCAAAGAACUGCAGAGCUUUGAGUCCAUAGCUAUAGCACAAGAGACGCAAGAGACUUCACCGCUUACUCCAGCUCAGAUCAGAUACGUGCUCCUACACAAUGCAAUCCCCUUCAUUGGUUUUGGCUUCCUGGACAAUGCCAUCAUGAUUGCUGCAGGAACUCAGAUUGAGUUGUCUAUAGGGGUCACCUUUGGACUAUCAACCAUGGCAGCUGCAGCUCUUGGGAAUUUGGUUUCAGACCUGGCUGGACUUGGUCUUGCAGGAUACGUGGAAGUCCUAGCUUCCAGGCUAGGGAUGCAGGUUCCUGACUUGACCCCCAAGCAGGCAGACAUGUGGCAGACCAGGGUUAGCUCCCACAUGGGAAAAGGCAUUGGAGUCACAAUCGGAUGCAUUCUCGGAAUGUUCCCCCUGCUAUUCCUAGGAGAUGAUGAUGAUGAGCACAAGAAAAAAGAAGCACAAACAAACACCCCAAACUCUUAACAGAAUGUAAACUAUCUUUUUGGUCUCGAGCCAAUUGCAACAAGCAUCAUCAGCAUGAUUUUAGUUGAUCUCUAUCUCUGAAAACCUUCUCUAUUUCAUUAUAUAUGCCAUUUACCAGAUGCUUUUAUCCAGUGACUUAGUCAUGGGUGCAUACAUUUUAUGUACGGAUGGUCCCGGUAAUCAAACCCACUAUUCUGGCAUUGCAAGCACCAUGCUCUACCAACUGAGGUACCAGAUAAUCUUCUGAAAAUGUAUUAUGAGCCAUUAGGCUUAUAAAGUAGUUGCAUUUGAUGGCAAGGUAUUUUCGCAGGAUGGAUUUCGUUGAUGAGUUGAACAUUUGUUUGAGAUUAAGUUAAACCAAUGUACACUACCGGUCAAAAGAUUUAGAACUCUGCAGCAGAGGUAACUCUGGGUCUUCCAUUCCUGUGGUGGUCCUCAUGAGAGCCAGUUUCAUGAUGGCUCUUGAUGGGUUUUUGCGACUGCACUUGAAGAAACAUUCAGUUCUUGACAUUUUCCAUAUUGACUGACCUUCAUGUCUUAAAGUAAUUAUGGACUGUCAUUUCUCUUUGCUUAUUUGAGCUGUUCUUGCCAUAAUAUGGACUUGGUCUUUUACCAAAUAGGGCUAUCUUCUGUAUACCCCCCUACCUUGUCACAACACAAGUGAUUGACUCAAACGCAUUAAGGAAAGAAAUUCCACAAAUAAACUUUUAAUAAGGCACACCUGUUAAUUUAAUUGCAUUCCAGGUGACAACCUCAUGAAGCUGGUUGAGAGAAUGCCAAGUGUGCAAAGCUGUCAUCAAGGAAAAGGGUGGCUACUUUGAAGAAUCUAAAAUCUAUAUUUUGAUUUGUUUAACACUUGUUUUGGUUACUACAUUAUUUCAUAGUGUUGAUGUCUUCACUAUUAUUCUACAAUGUAGAAAAUAGUAAAAAUAAAGAAAGCCCUUGAAUGACUAGGUGUUCUAAAACUUUUGACCGGUAGUGUAUGUGAUCAUCAUGAGUCAUUGCCAGUUACUCAUAGACUCAUCCCUGUUGGCCCACUGAUGGACUACACUGCAGUCAAUUGGUUUACAUUUAUCAUGGAGUUGUUGGAAGCUGAAAUGAAAACACAAAUCAUGGUGUCAGUCUUCAAGUUUCACAAUUUUGGCAAAAGAUAAAACCAAGGAACACGUAAACUGCUAUCUCAAUGGUAUUUUAUUUUUUGUUCUGAUUGAAACAGCAACAGGUUGAACUAGCUUGUACAUUCUAGAAUAUUUUCAAAGGAUACGUCUUGUUGAGGAAUUUCUGUACAAUAUAUGAUUUAUUGAUUUUGUUUGUCAACAAGAAAAAAGGGAUUACUUUAUCAUUUGAAAAUCAGAUCACAAAUGCUGUUUAUAGUACUACCAACCCAGUUUUUCAGAUGCAAAGUUACAAACAUACCUGUACUAUACACACACUACAUUGAGUAUGCAUAAUGCCUUGGGUUCCUAGGAUGUCAACAUCUUAAAUUGGCUAUCUAUUAUGCUAACUAUUGCUAACUAGCCUUCACAAUUAUUUUAGCAAAGCCUAUUUUCACAGUCAAUACCAUUGAAGUGCCUCAAGUUUAUUUAUAUUCGUUUUUUGACCUUUUUUAAAAACAAGCACAGAUUUUAUUUUGUGAAAAAGUAUUUAACUUCAUGUUUGAAAGUGUAAUUUUUAGUCUGUACGUGUUUGUUAAUCUGCUUUAUUUUGGAGAAAAUAAGGAAACAGUUUCUGAAGUAAGCUGAACAAUUUAAGCGUAAAACUGCACUCACUACAGUAUGUGUUCUAAAACAACUUGGAUUUAUGUGCACAGAAGACGAGCAAUACAAUGUUUCUUAAAAUGCAAUUACUGCACCUAUUAUUUGUUGCCAAUAUUAUAGACUUUUUGUAGGAUAGCUACAGAUUUGUUUAUCUGAGACAACCAUUUACUUAUGGUGGCCUAAAAUCAGAUUUUUUUUAAAUAAUGUAAUCAAACUAGUCAUAUUUGUGUGAAAUUAUAUUCUUUGUUUUCUCUCUAUUUGAAUAUCGGUAAUAUUUGUUUUCUGUUUGCCUUUUUCUGAUUUCAGUAAAUGCAGUACUUAAACUGGAAUGCCCCUCACCACACUGCUGUAUUUCCUCAUGAAUUGUAAUGAAUGUUCAUAAUGACCCUUAUUAUUUAAACUAUUACUGCUAAAUGCAGUUUUGUUGUCAGCAAUAUACUUGGAUGUAAAAACACUGUUGCAGCACAACCAGACUAAUAAAGUGUGCACCAAGGUGUAAUAAAUGGGUUGAUAGUUUUGUUUGAAAGUAAUAAAUGUUCUCUCUACAUCCUUCUCUUUAGCACUAGUUCCUCACCUCUGCCCUCUGGUGGCUGAAACAUAUUUUUAUCUGCCUCAACUCAUUCUCCUUACUGCUCUUCUUCCUGGCGUUCUCUGGUCUUGCUUGUUGCACCGAUUUACCCUCCUGUGGAAUCUUUGUUUUUGCCUGUUUUCCAUCAAUUAUCUGAACAGUCCUUGCUAUCCAACUCUUCGCUCUCCCUUAUUGGUUAUUGCUCCACCAUGAUAUCUCAGUAGACCUCUCUCUCCUCCUUGUAUCAUGUUUUUUCUUUGUCCCCAUUAAUGAACAUGCAAGAAAGUCUCAUGCUAAGAACUACCAGUAGUUUCAUUUAAACAAAUAUGGACUUAUCAUCCAAUACUCUUCCCCACUACCAUGUGCAUAAAAUGCAUCUCUGCUGCCAUGUUUGCAUUUUAAAAUGUAUACUUAUACCAAUGACAACCAUUGAAGAGAAAAUGUGUAAAAAGACUGAUUGCUCUUGUAUUUUGCAACAAUGAUUUAAUAAAACAUGCAAACAAUG